ACUUAUGCGAUUUUCUCCAAAAUAAUGAUCACGAAUGUUUAACACAAAUUGCAGAAUCAUUUCCUGAGUAUUAUUCUCGUAAAGGAUUUGAUGUUACGUUAAAAAUUGGCCAAUUGCCAAAUGUAGAAGAGUUCUAUUGUAAUUCGGAUGUGUUGAUUUCUCAAUCACAAUAUUUUCGAACAGCUUUAUCUCACAACUAUAUUAUGAAAGAUGGUGACUCUAUAAUUCUUGAGGAACCUAUGGUCACUCCACAUGCGUUUCGAAUGUUGCUUAGACUUCUUUAUAAAAAUGACGUUGACUUGAAUACAUUGGAUGGAACACUUUUUAUAAGUUUCAUUAAAGCAGCCGAACAUUUUGGCUUAAAUGAUAUACGAACCAGAUUGCAACAACACAUAAUAGAAUGCGAGACAACAUGGCUCCAAAAAAACUUUGUGAAAAUUAUUAAUGACGUUUUCAUUGACGAUAGUGACGAAACAAUAGAAGCAAUUCAACAUCAUCUUAUUCAUAAAAUUAGCACCGAUCCUUCAUAUUUAUUAGAAGCAGAUGACUUGAGUGAUUUGAAAGAAUCAUGUUUUUCAAUGAUUCUAAGCGAUGUUCGCUUGUUUAUCAAUCAAGUUAUCGCUUGGGAUAUCCUAAUUUCAUGGGGAAUUCGACAAAAUCAGACUUUAAAACAAGAUGUUCCUUUGUGGUCUUUCGGGGAUUGGACAGUGCUUAAAGAUGCUGUGAAAGAUGUUAUUGGUUUUAUAAAAUUUGAUCGAAUCUCUCGAAACGACUUUUAUGGAAAAAUAAUUCCAUUUAGCAAAGUUAUCCCACAGAACAUGAGUAGUCGCAUAUUACAAAACUAUCUCGACAAAGAUGUUAGAUCCAGAUACAAUGAUAUCUUUCGUCGUGUUUUCCUUGAUGACUCAACUCUAAUAAAUCAUUACCAUGCAGACUUUAUUUUAAAAUGGAUAGAUAACCGACCAAAAAGUAUAUCUUCAAAAAAACGUAGAACUAUAAAACGAAUGUUUACUUUUAAAAAAUUCAAUCCUAGAUCCGUUAAACAAAAACAACCAUUUUCGGUACCCCGUAAAUUCAACCUCUUAUAUCGCAUCACCUCUCAAUGUACAGAUAAUACGAAAGUAUCCAUAAAAAAUUACAAGGAACUUUGUAUUAACCGCCCUAAUACUUUAGUAGUGGCGAAAGUUCAAGGAUCAAACGCAAUUAUUGGUGGAUUUGCACCAAAUGGUUUAGACCUUGAUUUUUUAUCACUUUGCGCACCAUCAAUUGAUAGUAGUUUCUUAUUUUGUUUUACAAAUGGUGAACCAAAUGCAGAUUCUAUUGUUGGUAGAAUGAAAACUGGUAAUGUUCGUGAUGUUGAUAAUUCUUCCAAUUCUUGUUUAUGGGUCGGGCCAAAAUUUGGUAUCAAAGAUUUAAUUAUUGACUUAAACACAAUGAAAUGUAUUUCUCAACCACAAUACUAUAAUAGCAUUUACACUGAUAAAGAAUUUAAGAUUGAUGAGUGUGAAGUAUUUCAAAUCAAUCAUUGUUAA